UGGAUAAAUUUAGCUGGAGAGUGAUUACCUUGACAUCAAUUAAAAACCUGAGGUCCAAGAUUUAGGCCUUACAUCAUAAAUAUUACUCCUCAGGCCAUCUGCGCACACUCACACAUACUGAGAGAGACAGAAAGAGAGAGAUGGUUUCUGGGAAGGCCAUUGAAGGAGCUCCUGUACCUGCUUUGCGAACUUCAGGUAGUAGAUUUGAUGGGGCAAAAGGAAUUAAAGAACUCGCAGAGUCCGGCCUGCUUACAUCGAUACCCCCAACUCAUGCAUUUCCACCCGACCCAACCGCUUCUAACCUUUCUUCUUCAUCAAUCGAAGAGCAACUUCCAACCAUCGAUUUCUCAUUCCUGCAGGCCAAAGAAGCCGUGGUGAGAUCGAAGGCUAUUCGUGACCUUGGUGAGGCUGGCGCUGAAUGGGGUUUCUUCAGGCUAGUGAACCAUGGGGUGCCGGAAAGUUUGAUGAAGGGGAUGCUGGACUUGGCUAAAGACUUUUUUGAUCUUCCUGCGGAAGAGCGGAAGAAGUACACAGGGAAACAAGUUUUGGAUCCAAUUCGUUACGGCACAAGUUUCAACAUACUGGUCGAAGAGGUAUUUUGUUGGAGAGACUUUCUCAAGGUUAUUGUGCACCCAUCCUUCCAUUCUCCCGAAAUACCAGCUGCUUUCAGAGAAAUUGCAGCUGAAUAUUCUAAGAGGGUUCAACAAAUAGCUAGGGAACUAUUUAAGGGAAUCUCUGAAAGUUUGGGACUUCAAUCGUGCUACAUAGAGAAAGCUUUCAAGCUAGAGGAGGGGCUCCAAAUUUUAAUCUGCAACUACUAUCCUCGUUGCCCUCAACCAGAACUAGCAAUGGGCCUCACUCCGCACUCUGAUCAUGGGGGGCUUACAGUACUAAUGCAGGAUGAAGUUGGUGGCCUACAACUGAAACAUAAAGGGAACUGGGUACUUGUCCGUCCUCUCCCCAAUACCUUCGUUGUUAACGUUGGCGACCAUCUAGAGAUAUUGAGCAAUGGGAUUUACAAGAGUGUGGAGCAUCGAGCCGUGGUGAACGACGCAACAGCUAGGAUUUCGAUAGCUUUGGCUCAUGGACCGUCUCUGGAUGCUAGUGUUUCCCCUGCAACCCAGUUGGCAGAGAACGGAGGCCAAGCAGUUGCAUAUCGUGAGAUGCCUUAUAGAGAGUACCUCGAGUUUCAACAGAGCCAUCGCCUUGGGGGAAAAUCCUGUUUGAAUCUUGUGAGGCUUUAAAAUAGUCACUGUCAUUUUAAACUGUUUUACUACUCAUCAUUUGUUGUUGAAUAAAUAAGGGAAAAUUAUAUGUUGUUGUACAAAAAAGGAAAACCAUGUCUGUACCGUUGUAUUUGACCAUUAUUAUGUGAUGGUCCAAAAAUAUGCGAUAUUUGAGUGUUCCUUGUCC